CUUUAUUCCCCUCUGUUUUUAAACCGCCCUUCCCUCUCCAUUUCACCACGCCCCCUCAAAAGCGCAGAGUCAAGACCACCAACCGACCGACGCCCCGAGCAGAGCACACUACGAGUCUACGACGCACACAUAGAAAGGACCAUGGCCAAGGGCAUGGCCGUGGCCGUGGCGUUUCUCUCGCUGGCCACAGCGUUCUUCACGGCAACGGCCGCUGCCACCGGCGCGCCCUGGAGCCCGCGGCCAGAGGCCGACCUCGUGACCGGCCUGCCCGGGCAACCGCCGGUCGGAUUCAAGCACUACGCUGGUUACGUCGACGUCGGCUCGGGCGGCGGCAAGGCGCUCUUCUACUGGUUCGUCGAGGCCGAGAGGGAGCCGGAAAAGAAGCCCCUCCUGCUCUGGCUCAACGGAGGGCCUGGAUGCUCCUCCGUUGCCUACGGUGCUGCCCAGGAGCUGGGCCCGUUCCUGGUCAGGAGCUACGGCACUAACCUCACUCUCAAUGCCUACUCGUGGAACAAAGCUGUGAAUCUGCUGUUCCUCGAAACACCGGUGGGCGUGGGCUUCUCCUACACCAACCGGACGUCUGACCUGAGGCGGCUCGGCGACCGUGUGACGGCGCAGGGCUCGUACAGCUUCCUCCUCAACUGGCUCAACAAGUUCCCGGAGUUCAAGAGCCGCGACUUCUACAUCGCCGGAGAGAGCUAUGCUGGGCACUAUGUCCCACAGCUCGCGGAACUUAUCUACGAGGGGAACAAAGGAGCAAGCAGAGACAGAGUCAUCAACAUCAAAGGUUUCAUGAUCGGCAACGCGGUGCUGAACGACGCGACGGACCAGCUGGGCAUGGUGGAGUACGCGUGGAGCCACGCCAUCAUCUCCGACGAGCUCUACUCGGCGGUGCGGCGGGAGUGCGACUCCUUCAAGGAGGCGGCGGACGGCGGCAGGCCCGGCAAGGGCUGCUCGCCGGCUCUCCGCGCCUUCCUCGGGGCCUACGACGACAUCGACAUCUACAGCAUCUACACGCCGACGUGCCUCUCCCCUUCCCCUUCCCCCGCUGGCGCCGGCGCGACGCCGCGGCGGCCGUCCAGGCUCGUCGCCGCGCCGCGCCUCUUCUCCAAGCAUGAUGCGUGGCACAGGAUGAAGCGUGUGCCGGCGGGAUACGACCCGUGCACGGAAGCAUACGUGACCAAGUACUUCAACCGCGGGGACGUGCAGCGCGCGCUGCACGCCAACCGGACAGGCCUGCCCUACCCGUACUCGCCCUGCAGUGAGGUCAUACGUAAAUGGAACGACUCACCGGCAACCGUACUGCCUAUCCUGAAGAAGCUCAUGGGAGCCGGAUUGCGCGUCUGGGUUUACAGCGGCGACACGGACGGGCGGGUGCCGGUGACGUCGACGCGGUACAGCAUCAACGCGAUGGGGCUGCGCCCGCGGGAGAUGAAGAGGAGGUCCGCUGCGACGGGGGCGGAGGCGGAGUGGGGCGGGUGGCGGGCGUGGUACUACAGGCAGCAGGUGGCCGGGUGGGCGGUGGAGUACGAGGAGGGGCUCACGCUGGUGACGGUGCGCGGCGCGGGGCACCAGGUGCCGCUCUUCGCGCCGGAGCGCUCGCUCUCCAUGCUCUACCACUUCCUCCGGGGCCAGGCCCUGCCGGCCUCACGCUCCAGCUAGCCAGCUAUCGCUGCUGCUCCUCGCUGCGUCUGCUGCUGAAGUAGUAGUAGAUCGUUAUGCUUAGCUACAAGCUAGGGUUUGACUGGGUAAUGCGAUUGCAAUGGCGUUAUGUGAAUGUACCACUGUAACUUGUACUGACAAAAUGGGAAUCCAUCUAGCUGAGCACAUUUCCUGCAAGCUUGCUGUGCAGACAAAAUCCGCCACCAAGAGGACUAGAG